GAGGCACUGCACACCCUUUCAUGCCCCAUCGCUGCCUCUUUACUAGACCAAGGUGUGUUAGGACCACACCCUGAAACCUCUUUAAGAACCCACCCUCUCUCCAAUUCUAAACCAAGUCACACUCACAAUCAAGUUCAAAGCAAUAAGUUUAAGCUCUAGAGAAAAGGGAAAAAGGAGAACAACCCAUUUUUCCAUUUCCAAGAGAUUUUGAGUUAAGAAAAGUUAAGUGAAGAAACUAUGAAGAUGGGUAGUGUUACCAUUGGAGGCUCAAAGAGGAGGAUAUCAUCAUCAAACAGAGGAUUUGGAGGAGUCCUCAGAGAGCAGAAAGCAAGGCUUUACAUAAUAAGAAGGUGUGUUGUCAUGCUCCUUUGUUGGCAUGAUUAGGGAGUGAAGACUUGGCUUCCAAGACUCCAAGCUUAAUUUCCAUAUCCAUGGAAACAUGGCUUCUUUUUCUGUUUCUUUCCUUCUCUCAAUUUUCUUUCUCCCUCUGAUCAUGGUGGAGUGUAAAUAUAGAAAGAGCGGGAUAUCAUGGGAGAGAGUAUAACAAGUUUUGUAAGGGUUGCUGGCCUUCAUGGCCUAGUUAUAUGUACAUCAGAAUAGCGUGGAUUAUAAUGAUAACUAUAUCAGAAAAUCACAUCUCCAAGGUCCAUUUU